UAAAAUAAAAUUUUUUAAUAAUAUAAGGAACAAACCCAUUUCCGAAGCUUGACGAAAUUAAAUAAUAAAAUUUCCAUAAAAUAAUUGAUUAGAAGUGAUAAUUGAAUGAAUAAUUUAAAAAAAAUAUUGUGGAUUCUUAAAAUAUUAGAAAGAAAAUCUGGAUAAUUUAAAAAAGUUUUGCAAUCAACAAUAUUUGGACGAAGAUUGUAAGAGGAGCACAAUUUUAAGGUAAGUCAUCAUCAUCAUCAGUUCUACACACAAAUUCACACAGUUUCAAGUUAUAUUAAUAGAACAAAACAGAAAAAGCAGAAAGAAAAAACUGAAGACGACGCGACAAUAUUUAAAUAGUUGCUGAAAUAUAACAGGAAAAUAACCUGUAAACUUUUUAACAUCAACAAUAAAAGGAGUAAAAAAGUAAACAAAAGAAAAUAAGAGAAAAAUUCAUCCUUAAACAUUUUCUUUCGAUAAGGAUACAAAAAUAAAUCAAUUUUGAUGGCUAUGUAGGCAUUCACACUAUAAUCUAUAUACAUGCAAACUGAAGGAGUAAAUGACAGCAAUUCAGCAAAAAUCUUCAUUUCUAUUUUAAUUUCGAACCAACAUCAUUUUAACUAACAUUGACAAAGUUAUUAUUCAAAAAGGAUAUAAAUGAUUUGAUUCACCAUAACUAUUUUAGAAAUUUAAGCAAAACUACAAAAUAAAAUCGAAAUUAAUAAAAUAUAAAUUAUUAAAAAUUUACACUUUACAUAAUUGACGACCUAUAUUAAACCAAUACCGAGCCCAUCAUGGGAAAGAAAUUCUUUAUAUUCUUACAAAUUCUCUGCGUAAUAAUUCAUACGAUUGACAUUAUUAAUUGUCAAUCAUAUCAAGAUAAUCAGUGCCUAAAUAUUACUGGAAAUAAUGGUGUACGGGAAAUCGAAUGUCCAUAUGAAAGACCAGUAAUACAAGUUGAAAUAUCAGAUUCCACCCAAUCAUUAUCAACAGCAUCAACAUCAACAUCAAUAAUAAAUAAUUCAAAAAAUCGUAAAAUUAAAUUACAAAUACAAUGUGUUCUAAAUAUGAAACCAGAAAAUUAUUCUUUAUUACCAAAUAUCAAUACUGGUGACAUAUAUGAAGUUGAUUUUAAAAAUUGUGCAUUACCAUUGGGUACACCAAUUGUUAAUAUAAUACGACGUUUUGGUAAUCCAAAUGUAAUAAGAUUUAAAUUUCUUGCUAAUCAAGAUGAAACAAUUUUACCAAUACAUUUAAAAGAUUUAAAUGAAAUCCAACGAUUACAAUUGAAAAAUGUUGUUUUCCCAAAAUCAUCAGAUGAUUUAUUUGCCAAUUCAACAAAAUUACAAUGGAUGGAUUUACGUUAUACACAUGCAAAUAAUAUACAUAAAGAUACAUUUAAACCGUUAGUAAAUUUAAGAACAUUAGAACUGGGUGGCUCUAAAUUAGAAGAAUUGUCACCGGGAAUGUUUUCAAGUCAAAAGAACCUAAUUAAAUUAAAUUUAUGGGGUAAUAGUUUAAAAACUUUACCAAAAGCUGUAUUCGAAGGUUUAAUAAAUUUAAGUGAUUUAGAUUUAAUGUCAAAUGAGUUUGAAACGUUUGAUACAGAUUCAUUUUCAUUAUUAAAAAAUUUAUCAAAUAUUAAUUUAAGUGGAAAUUAUUUAAAAUCAUUACCAGAGAAUUUAUUUGAAGAAAAUAAAUUAUUAACACUUGUUCGUAUUCAAUCAAAUCGAGCUGAUCUAAUUGAAUUACCAAAUCGAUUGUUUUCAAAUUUAACAAAUUUAACAAAUGUUACAUUACGUAAGGAUGGAAUACGGAUUUUACCAGGAGAUUUAUUUAAAGGCUCAACAAAUAUUCAAUUUUUAGAAAUUGUUGAAAAUAAUAUUGAAAAUUUACCAGCUGAUUUAUUUGAAGAUCAAAUAAAUUUAAUUAUGUUAAAUUUGGCAAAUAACAAAUUAAUUGCAAUCGAUGAUUUUACAUUCAAAAAUAGUCAAAAAUUGAAAACUUUAGAUUUAUCUAACAAUGAAUUGGAAACGUUAUCAAUCUUUGCUUUUAAAGGACUUCAUAAUCUGGAGAAACUUGAACUAUACAAUAACAAAUUGGUUAAUUUCGCACCUGAGACAAUGGAACCACUAAUUAAUCUAAAAGAAAUUUAUUUACAAAAUAAUCUUUUAACAUUUAAUUUCGAUUUUAACCGUGGUUCACCAUUAACCAAAUUAUCAAAUGUUCAAAUAAUUAAUUUACACAAUAAUAGUAUAACAGGAAUAUAUCCAGAUUGGUAUUCAGCUUUAUUAUACUUGAAUUUAUUGGAUUUAAGUUAUAAUAAAAUAAAGACGAUAACACAAGAAGAUUUACAAUUUACAAGACCCAAUUUGGCAUUGAAUUUAAGUCAUAAUGAAAUAUCGGAAAUUAAUUUUGAUCGAAUCAAUGAACAACUUGAAACUUUUGCACUUUCUGAUUCAGUAAUUACAAUUGAUGUUAAUUAUAAUCCGUUAAAAUGCAAUUGUGACACAGCAGCAUUUGGUAAUUUAAUAAAUAAUUUGAGCUCAUAUGAAGCUAUUGGAAAGCAUUUACAAUUUAAAUAUGAUAAAUUAAUGUGUGGUUACACUCCUGAUAAUUGGCCAUAUAAUCUAACCGGACGAAAUAUAAUUGCAAUAAACUCAUAUGAAUUAGUUUGCCCACAAAAAUCACCGUGUCCUAAUAAAUGUUCAUGUUGGUUCCGUAGCUUUGAUCGUAGCAUUCUAGUAAAUUGUUCAAAUUCUGAAUUAACGGAAGUUCCAGUACUAUUUAAUACAUCAUCUAGAGCUAUUGAAUGGAUAGAAUUGCAUAUUGAAAAUAAUCAUAUCAAAAAUUUACCAACUCUAAGGAAUAUCGGUUACGGCAGAGUUCAAGAAUUGUAUGCACAAAAUAAUGAAAUUGUUGGUUUAAAACCCGAUAAUAUACCAAGAUCUUUAAGAAUUUUAAAUUUAGCUAAUAAUCGUUUAGAUAUUAUGAAUGAAACUGUAUUACAUGUCAUUAACAAAACACGUUCCAUUAAUAGUAUUUCAUUAGCUGGUAACCCAUGGAAAUGUAAUUGUCAGACAGCAGAAUUUGUUUUCUUUGUUCAAUCACAACUUCAUAUUAUGAAAGAUGUAAAUGAUUUAAGAUGUGAAGAUGGUAAACGAAUUGCAACACUUACAUCAGUUGAUAUUUGCUCUAAUGAUUAUAAAUUAAUAAUUGCUGUUUGUGUUGUCUUGGUUUUAUUAGCAAUAUUCAUUGGAGCUAUAAUUGCAUUAUAUUACAAAUAUCAGUUAGAAUUUAAAUUAUGGUUAUUUGAACAUAAUUUAUGUUUGAGUCUUAUAACAGAAGAAGAACUUGAUAAAAAUAAAAAAUAUGAUGCAUUUAUUUCAUAUUCACAUAAGGAUGAAGCAUUUGUGACAGAUGAGUUACAACCAAAUCUUGAAAAUGGACAACAUCCAUUUAAAUUAUGUUUACAUAUGCGUGAUUGGGUACCAGGCGAAUGGAUACAAAAUCAAAUUCAAAAUUCUGUUGAAGAUUCACGUCGAACAAUUGUUGUAUUAUCGAAAAAUUUCUUAGAAUCAAUAUGGGGACAAAUGGAAUUUAGAACAGCACAUACAGCUGCAUUAACAGAAGGAAGAGCACGUGUUAUUAUUAUUAUUUAUGGUGAUAUCGGUGAUGUUGAAAAAUUAGAUCCAAAAUUAAAAGCAUAUUUAAAAAUGAAUACAUAUGUUAAAUGGGGUGAUCCAUGGUUUUGGAAUAAAUUACGUUAUGCUAUGCCACAUCCACAAAAUCUUAGAUCAAUAAAAAAUAAAACAAAAGGUUUAUGUAAAACAACAGUUAAAAGUUCAACAGACGAUAAAUUAGAAUUAAUAAAACCAGUAUCAGCAACACCACCAAUGACAUCAACACCACCAGCUAAUUCAGCAUGUACUAAUCCAUUAAUAGCACAAUUAACACCAACACCAAAUGGUAAUAUACCACCACCAUUAAAUAUUAAUGGUCAAAUAAUAACAAAACAAUAUACAAAUGGCAUCAUUAAUAAUGGUAUCAAUUCAAAUUUAUUUCAUCAAAAUUCACAACAGCAACAACAACAUAAUAAAUCAUUAUCAUUAAAUACAAAUGGACAUAUUAAUGGUGCCUUCGUUAUAAAUACAAAUUCAAAACAAAGUGAUGUAUAGAAUUACGCAAAUUUAUCACCUAAAUUUUUAAGUGAUAAUUAUAAUAGGAAAAAGAAAAAAUUUAUAUUUAAAAAACGAAAUAUUUUCCCAUUUCCUUUUAAAACAUCACCAAAAUCAUUAUUAUCAUUAUCGAGUAAAAAUAUUGGAACAGCAACAGCAACAACACAAGAUAAUUUAAAAAUUACAUCAUCUAAGACUACACCUACAAAUUUAAAUAAUAAUAGUAAUAAUAAUUUAGUAAAUAAAUGUGACUUACAAAAUAAAAAUAAUGAUUUAAAAUUAAAAAAAUUAUUUAGUACAUCAGAUGAUUUUAGUAAUAAUUAUAAUAAUAUUAUUAAGUUAAAAAGAAAAAAUUUUAUAUUUUAUUACUUAGUGUUACCGUUUCGACGCAAAUCAAAAUUAAAUCAAUAUGAAUUGAUGUGAAAUUAAUUAUUAAAAACAAUAAACCUUAGUACUCAAUUUUAUUUUUUAAAGAAAAUAUAAUUUUUCAAAAAAAACAAAAGAUAUUAAUAAUUACCAUUUCUUUUUUGGUCAGUAAUUCACGAAAAAUAUAAUUACAAAUAAUUUCAACCUUAUUUAA